AUGGCAAAUUUUCAGGUUGUAUUCAGUGAAAACUUCCAAAAAUCAUUUCAGAAAUUGAAUCCUUCCAAUGCUAAGAAGCUGACUACAAAACUCUUGAAACGACUAGACAACAUUUUUGCUAUGUAUACGGAUGAUUUUAUCAACCGCUGCAAUGAGAAGUUGUGCGAGGGAAAUUUGGAGGUGCCAAAGAGUUGGUCGGUGUCCGAUGAGAUAAUCCGGUUCAAGAAUCAAAACGACAACAAUGUAAAUGCUAGCGUUGACUGCAGAAGUCAUGUUGAAAAUGCCAGAGUGAACGAGAGCUUACUGUUGAUGAAAUUUUACUCAUUGUCGAGUGGUGUUGUGAAUCAUUUGCUUACUAAUAUCGAGGGUAGAGAAGUUGAUCUUCCGUUUGAGUACUCCAUUGCCACACGGGAUUCUAUGACAGCUGGCGAUGUUGCGCCUAUUUUGCAUCAGCUUUUUGUUACCGUUAGUCCAAAACUCUGUUAUGCUGUCAAAAAGCACGUAUCUCAUCUAAAGAGCUUUGCUAGUGAGAACGCCUCCGAAAAUAACAACUUCGCGGAUAUGGAUGAUUUAGACGAAAUGGCUGAAUUUAGAGAUAUACCGGACACAUAUGUUGACAUCGAACCAGAAAAAUAUCCUCUGAUCAUAACAUUUCAUAAGUUUUUAAUGAUGCUCGAUGGUACUUUGGGUAAUUCUUACUUUGAGAGAUUUCGUGAUGUAAGAGGCUCCUCACAGUACGAAGGAACAAGAUCUAUUGCACUGCAGACUUUCAUAAGGAGAAACGAGGUUACUUAUGACCGUUUUCGGUCCUUAUAUUGGCCCCAUUUCAAUGCUAAGCAUACAAAAAUUCUCGAUCCCUCAAGAGAGUUCACUGAAAUUAUGUCGCAUAUCAAAGGAGGUCUAAAAGAAGGGGAAUCGGGCGAAACCAAGCGAAGCAGGGAGGGGUACGUUUCACUAUCUGAAUGUAGGGUGUCCACUUUAUGUGCAGAGAAGAGGGAUGCGAUUUAUGAUAUUUUCGACGACAACGAGCAAAUGAAAGUGGAACGUGGUGAAUUUGAUCUUGCUGAUUUUGUGAUUGACAUUCAUCUACGGCUCAAGAACGAGGAUUUAAUGGGUGAUAAAAUGGAUUUCGUGUACAUCGAUGAAGUGCAAGACCUCACCAUGAGGCAAAUUUCCCUUUUCCGGUUUAUUUGCAAAAAUGUGGACGAAGGAUUUGUAUUUUGCGGUGAUACAGCACAGACGAUUGCACGAGGGAUUGACUUUCGGUUUGAAGACAUUAGAUCAUUGUUCUAUAAUGAGUUCUUUAUGAAAUCAUCUAGAAUUUGUGAGCCUUCAGCUUCAGGGAGGAGAGAGAAAGAGGUUAUAUCGGAUACGUUUUGUUUGUCGCAGAAUUUCCGUACUCAUACUGGUGUACUUAGGCUGGCGCAAAGUGUCAUAGAUCUUAUUUGCCAUUUUUUUCCACAAUCGAUUGAUGUAUUGGCUCCAGAGAGUAGUUUUAUAUACGGUGAGUCACCUGUUGUACUCGAACCAGGUAGUGACGAGAAUUUGAUUAUGAGUAUUUUUGGACAUAGUGAACAUGAUGGUGGAAAAUGGGUCGGGUUUGGUGCUGACCAAGUAAUUUUAGUACGGGACGAUUCUGCCAGAAACGAAAUUUUCAACUACAUUGGCAAAAAAGCUCUUGUUCUGACUAUAGUUGAGUGCAAGGGACUCGAGUUUCAGGAUGUUUUGUUGUACAAUUUUUUUGGUUCAUCACCAAUGAGUGAUCAAUGGAGGGUUUUGUACGAAUUCUUGAAAGAAAAGGAUCUACUUGAUUCCACUACUCCAAAGUCAUUUCCAUGUUUUAGCGAGUCAAGGCACAAUAUCUUGUGCUCUGAACUGAAGCAAAAAAUAGACGAUUCUCUUGCCUUAGCAAUGCAAAGAGCUAGCAGCCCUGAGGAGUGGAAAUCACAAGGAGUCAAGGCUUCUGGUCUUAGAGCGUCGGCAGACUCUAUGCGUGGUUCAAACCCGAAAGAGGCACGUGUAAUGCUUAAAGAGGCUGCCGAAAUAUUUGAUUCUAUUGAUCGAGCUGAUACUGCAGCUGAAUGUUUUUGCGACUUAGGGGAAUACGAAAGAGCAGGAAGGAUUUAUUUGGAAAAAUGCGGUACGUCUGAGCUUCGAAAAGCAGGGGAGUGUUUCUCAUUAGCUGGAAAUUACAAACUUGCAGCUGAAGUUUAUAACAAGGGGAAUUUUUUCGACGAGUGCUUAUCAGCUUGCACCAAAGGCAAUCAUUUUGACCUCGGUCUGCAAUAUAUCGAGCAAUGGAAACAACAAGCAUCAUUCGAUACCGAAAUUAUUGCACAACAGUUUCUCGAAAAAUGUGCUUUCGAAUGUCAUAAGAAAAAAGACAGUGCAUCGAUGAUGAAGUUUGUUCGUGCUUUCUGUACGGACGAAUCCAAACGCAACUUCUUGAAAUCAAAGGACUGCUUUGAGGAGCUUCUAAUAUUGGAGGAAGAUUCCGGAAAUUUUAUCGAGGCUGUACAUAUUGCACAACAGUUGAGGAUUAUUUUACGUGAGAUUGAUUUGCUCGAAAAAGCUAAAGACUUUCGAAAUGCUUCUUUGCUCGUAAUUUCGUAUGUAUUGAAUAACUCUCUCUGGGUUAAUGGAAGUCAAGGUUGGCCUCUAAAAUCAUUUCCUGAAGAGGAAGAGAUUUUAGCGAAAGCUAUUUCCGAUGCAAAGAAGGUUUCGGAAAAUUUUCAUGCAACAAUUUGUGCCGAGGCCAAAUUUUUGUCAAUGAGUUAUAGGAUGAACUUGUCCGAGUUGAUGCAGUGUUAUAGUGCUUCGAAGCAAUAUAAAUCUCGUAUGGUCGAAAUUCUAUCCGCCAGAAAAUUCCUCGAUGCCCAUUUUCAAGUGCAUCCGACAAAAUACGAAUCGGAUCCUGAAUUAAUGCUCAUUGAUCGAAGUUCAUUCGAAGAAAGAAUGUCAAAGAACAAAGUCUCUGAUGGAACGCUGGUUUUCGUUUGGAACCUAUGGAAGGUGCAAAGCUUGGAGAUCUUUGAAUGCCUCGACUCUAUCGAAAGGGCUGACCUCAGCGAAUGUGAAGACACUGCUCGAUUCUGUUUUAACUACUUUGGAGUGAGGUCGACAAAUAACUCGAGUAACACCUAUAUAUUGUCAAACCCUAAUUCUGCAUGGGUUCGAAAUUCCGACAAGAGGUUCAUUUUGCGGAAAAGAAACGUGGCAACUCUUGAUGCCCGUGAUUUUGCAUCAGCUGCUCGAGAAUAUUGGAGUCAAGAAAUAGUUUCGACCGGUCUAAAAGUUUUGGACGCUCUUCAAUCUUGCUUGAUGAAGCCCUCGUUGUCUAUGUACUGCCAAAGUGUGUGCCUCGUUCACAUUUUCGACAUAACAAGGUUCGUCGAGUCAAAAUCACCCACCACAAAGAAACUGCAGAACUUUCUGUCGUUAUGCGUCGAGUCCAAAUACUUCAACUCUGUUUUUCCUUUGGACCCUCGGCACUCGUUAUCUGAGGAUAUGGUAUCUUUAAGGGAAUCCGAACUUUCCAAUAAUUUACUCGAAGAAAUUUUCUCGAGAAAUAUUGUUAGCUCAAGGAAUAAUAAUGAACUGACUUAUAGGCAGAUAGGAGAGGCGGCGAUGACAAUGCUCGGGUCUGGAUUAUUGCAGAGAAACGGAAUUCAUGAGAAAAUUAUUACAAGGCUGUCUGAUAACUCUUCGUGGAAGUCAUUCAUCGAGAAUCUGAUCAGUGUGGAAGAAUCUUCGAAAGAUUCUCUUAGUCGCGAGUUUCAUAAUGCACUUGUAGAAACUUACAACAUAAACUGGAGGGCGAGUGACUAUAUUUCUCCGAAAUGCUUCUUUUAUCUCGCGGAGAGGCUCUUGAUUUUGGUUCCUCACUCCCGAGGGUUUUUUUUCACUACAAAAUCGUCGUUCUUGGAAUAUUUAAUGUGUCUUUCACCGGAUGCAAAUCCGAGUUCCGGUUUAGUAACGGACAAGAAAUCGUAUGCUGCAGACACGUUUAACUUUGUGGCGAGGGUGGUCAGAGAAUGUCUUGAUAACAGUGAAGCUACAUUAGAAUGGAUUGCUCGUUCUAAUAUCGAUGGCAACUACUAUCUUCCGGUGCUUAUGCUGAGGUUGUUCGUGAUUCUUUGUUUAACGUGUCUGAAUUCCGAGUUGUCGUUCAACGUACUUUUUGAGGUGCUUAAAGUGCCCCAUAUCAAAUGCCAGCUGCCGCGGAAUUUUUGCGAAGCGAUUCGGUGUAGAAGGACGAACAAUGUGUCGGAUGAAGCUGCAGUUGCUGGAGCAUUCAAUAUUAUCGGGGAUCCUCUUGUUAUUGUAGCCUCGAACGAGAAUAGUCGUCUCAAGUUUGUAUGCCCCGAUGCCGUUUUUCUUGACUUGAAGUCCUCGUGUAGAAAUGAGGUCAUCGGAAAACUAUUUCCCAAGAGCAGUGAUAAAGAAGCUAGCGUCGAACCUAAUGUUGUUAGUGAACAAGUUACGGAAUCUUCUAAAAUGACAGAGGGUAUUAUUCUGGAAUUACUUGACGCCUUACGGAAUAGAAACGAUGGAGAUUCGAAGAGCCUUGUCAUGAUAAAGAAGGAGGAAGUGGAGAAGCAUAUAAAGUUUUUAACUGGUGACAUGGCAAAGUUAAGUGAGCGGAAGAGGUCUCGGUUUCACUCCGGUGAAGAUGAAAAUGAUGUGCCGGCCGAAAACACCACCAGGAUUGAUGAACUGACCAAGAUUUGUUCUUUGUUAGACACGAGUGACUUUGAUACUAAAGCGGGCAUGCUCAAGAUUGAAGAGAUUUUGAAGAGAUUGGAAGAAAGAAGGCCAAAUGUGAGUACUGUCGGAUCUCAAAGUUGUGUUGUUUCUGAUGACGACGAGGAUGAAGAUGGAGAAAAUAAUAGCAAAAACGGGGGGAAGAAGAAGAAACAGCACCCGAAAAAAGGGAAAGGAAAAGGAAAAGGAGGUAAACGAAAGUAAAAAAAGCAUUGUCUACGGUACGUAUUUUUGCUCCCUAUUUGAGCAUCUCUGAUGUUACUUUUUGUUUUAAGCCCCGGGGUUGAAUGCUCGAAUCAAGUAUUAAUUUUCUCGUCUCACAUUUUACACACUUUAUGUGUGUGUGUGCGUGUGCUUAAGUAUGUUAUUGUAUGGCCAUGUGUUGAACUUCUCCUAUUGUAAGCAUAUCUGGAAAAUUGAUGUCGGAUUUUUAACAAUCAAUUAUCCAAUGGUCGAUU